GUGCGCAUUAGGUGAUCGAUCCAAAAAGGGUGAUUGGACCAUCGAUGCUCGAUGGUCCAGACAGCGGUGAGAGGCUGGAGGCCAGAGGAAGAUAUAUAAAGCUAUACACCGUUUCCGUCAAGUCUCCUAGUCUCUAGCCUAAAUAGCCCUUUGCGAACCUCAGGAUUAGUUGGCGAACGGAUCUAUCGAGCCCUUGGAUUCACACGUCACAAGAUCACAAAAGAUGUCUACAACCAAAUCAACCAAAAGGAACUACGAAACUACUGCUACUGGCUCGACUCCGCCCCGAAAAAGCAAACAUCAAAAACAUGAUCAACAAACAACCUCUGUCGGAUCUGUCGCGCCCAGACCGGUACCUCGACAAAAUCAACAUCGUAACAGGAUCUCUGAUGCGACUGCCGUCUCUAUUGAUCUCGAACUGGACGAGGAUGACGCUCCUUUCGCCUCGAGGGAUCGAGAUCGACCUGUCGACGGUUUCGCUGCUGCGGACCAGUUAGCUUCCCUACCUAGAGGUUCGACCGUAAGGCCGUUCCUCGCCGAGGACCAGGACGUUAACGAUGAUGAGCCUUCGAAUACUACCAGAGGAACUACAUCGCGACGAGGCAGGCCGAGAGGGAGGGGGGGAAGGGGACGGGGAAUGGCGAGGCCGGGGCCGAGCAGGGGAUUUGAGGAGAGCGAGGCGGAUGAGGACCAGCAGGCCGCGGCGAAAGAGGCGGAAGACAAGGACAAGGCGGCCGAAGAGAAGAGGAAAGAGGCGGCCAAAGCGGCCAAAGAGAAGAAAGACAAGGCGGCCAAAGAGAAGAAGGACAAGGAGCUCGAGCUUCAGGAUGACGCUGAUGAGGAUGGCGAUAAUGAUACCGAGAUCGAGCAGCGAGUUACGGCAGAGGCGGCGGUGAACCAGAGUAUUAUCGACAUGAUCAAUGCGUUGACUGGACUGGGCAAGAUGGGCAAACCGGGCAAACCGAUCCCUGCCAAAGCACUUCCUCGAUUGUAUGCUGGUGGUUAUCUGGUGUUGACCAAGAAGAUGCUAGAGGCUGCGGAGAAGAGGGUCGCGCAGGAUCAGAGAAGGGCAGAUCAGAUCGACAGGAUCUUGGACUCCCCGGUAGCGCUUAUUCCAGGUGCUGCCAAAAGCGCCCGGGAGCUAGACUUGGAAGAACGGCGUCUCGACCUAAUGGAACGACGAAUCGACGCCGACAUCGUUCUCGCGAAGCUCAAAAAGGAAACCCUCGAAUUCCAUCGACAACUGCUCUCAUCUAGUCCACAACUACUCAGCCAAUACCUUGCCGCUCACCACGAAAAGGACGGGAACGAAAAGGACGGGAACGAAAAGGACGGGAAUGAAAAGGACGGGAACGAAAAGGACGGGAACGAAACGAACGAGACCGAAUGUCUUUCGUAA